AUGGAGGCGCCCGCGCGGUCUCCGGGGAGGCGCGUGCUGGGGCCCCUGGCGGCGCGGCUGUCGAACCUGCUGGGCGGCCCGGAGGAGGCGCCCCAGAUCCCCGACAACGUCGCUGACGUCCGCACGGAGUCGCUGACGGUCGCCGAGGAUGCGGCGAUGCACGAGAGGUGGCAGUCCAUGCUCAAGGGCCGGAAGCCUUCCGAGUGCUCCGAUGCGGAGCUCAGGCGGCUGGUGGACGACGGGGCGCCGUUGAAGCACCGCCUGGACCUCUGGGUGCUCUGCGCGUAUGCCGCGGUGAAUCCGGCGGUUGGCUACUGCCAGGGCAUGAGCUUCAUCGCCGCGGUGCCUCUUCUCCUGGCUUUCUCGGAGGCCGAUGCGCUCGCGGCGCUGCGCUACGUCGUCGAGCAGGUGUGCCCCGGCUACCACGGAGCCUCCCUGGAGGGGUAUUUCUGCGACCUCGGGGUGCUCGAUGCGCUGACUAGCCAACUGCUGCCAGAGGUACACGCGGAGCUGGUCGGCCUCGACAUACCCUUCGACAUUGUCUACUUUCCGAGAGCGCUGUCGGACUCCCGCGCGGCGUGCGCGGACGCGCGUGACGUGCCGACGGACGCAGCCCAGCGUUUCCUGGCCCUGGCGCGCAGCGGGAUCUCGGCCGACAUCGACGCUGUGCUGCAGUGCACCCGGAGAUUCAUCCCGCUGGUGCUCGGGGACCUGGGCGAGGUGGACGCGAGCGGGCGUGCCACCUUCCUCGACAGGCUGCGCGCCCAGUUCCGCGACCAGGGCGCCGCCGCUGCUGACGGGCCUAGUGCGAGCACGGCGCUCGCCGCGGACGGGCCGGCCAAAGAUGUUGCCUUCGAGCCGCCGGCAGUGGUCGCGCGCGUCACUCUCGACGACGGCCGCGAGGGAUUGCUGCGGAUGGGCGCCGCGGACGUGCCGCGGGCGGCGGUGCAGCGUUUCCUGGCGGCCUACGCCCUCGACGAGGCGUGCGCCAGGCCGCUGACCGAGUGGCUCACGAGGGCCGAGGCCAACGCAGAGCAGUACCCGGUCAGAAUCGCGGGGAAGCUGCCGGAGAUCCGCCGGGCUUUUGGCCACAGGCGCUCGUGA